AAUAGUCUUCAUGCUGAUCACCGUGACACUCUCUGUUGUCUAUUUCAGAUUGAAAGUGGAAUGACAAUGACAGUUCCCUUGCCCGUGAGAGGAGGCUACACUGGAAUACAGCUUUUCUGUGACCAAAACAAGGGACCCUGAAGGACCACAGCCUGUGCGACAGAGGACUUGCAUUGUGGAGCUUUUGGGGAGAGUAACAGGCAGUACACUUGGGUAAAGAAACACUAAGGCAAGGUGGAGAUGUUUGCCAAACUGAAAAAGAAGAUUGCUGAGGAGGCAGCCACAGCCCCCCGGACCGGAGUCCGCAUGCCUCGCUCCUACAGCAAAGAGUCCAUUACGUCAGUGGGGGCAGACUCAGGGGAUGAUUUUGUAAGUACCAAUAUUGUUUCCUGACUGUCACUCUGUCCAUGCCAGUCAUCUUUUGAACCCACCAAGAGUAGUUGGUCACAUGACACAAAACACAGUCACACACAAUCCUGUUCGCCUAAGAAGUUUUCCCACACUAUUCUACAAGGGGGACAUCAUGGAAGAAGAGAAGGGAGGUUUCUUUGAAAUUAUUACUUUUGGCCUCUAAUUUGAAUAAGCUUACACUUUGCACUUACGAAAACGCAAACAAUGAUAAUUUUUAUCCUGUACACGCUCAAUUCAACAUAGGCUAUUGUAUUAUUAUAUUACAGUUUUCUCAGUGUUUAGAGAUUAUUUUAUGAGAUGGAUAUCUAAUAAUGGCUUUAUGAAUAUCAGCAAAAUAGUAGGCCUAAUGUACAAGAUUUACAGUAUGCAGAGCCAGGGAAAGAGCAGUAAAGUGAUUUUCUGCAUUUUUAAGUUUGGUGUAAUUGUCCUUUAUUAACUAGUAUGCCUGCCUAUAUUUUUUGACAUUGCCUUUUGGAUUAUGAGUUGGGUCUGUGAGUCAGCUAGCUUAUUGUUAUAUGGUUGGGUGUGUCUGGAGAUUGGCGUCCAGAAGCCAGUGGAUGCCAUGGUUUAGUGUAAAUGUACGAGUACAAUACGAUGGCUCUUUUGUCAAUGAUGACAUUAAUUUAAAAAUUGUAGGCGCAAACCUGUGUAACAUUAAGGCGCAAACCUGUACAACCUGAAGCCCUGCUCGGGUGUCGGCUCUGCAAUGCUCUGUUCACUUGACCAAACAUGACACAUAGGCACUAUAACACACACACACACAACAUUUAUUUUCUCUUUUGGAGAAGGUAGCUUAACAUACUAUAUGUUGAGACAGUUCAGGUUACAUUUUGAUUAGGCUAAUCAGUAAUCAAUGUGAUGGUGUUAUACCACAUUGCACUGUGGUACAGGGUUACCCAGAUCCAGUCUUCUGGGGCUGAUGUGUAUUUAAGUCAUAGACUGGCAAGAAGGUCAAAUCACCUGGUAGACUAUCCCUUGUCAAAUUUGUAGUAAGCUAAAAUCAGGAUGACAUCAAGUUAAAGUAAACACACUGAGUGAGGUACCACUGAUAUGAAAUGUAGUUAUUAUAGCAAUAAUGGACUGGAGCCUGGCCUGUAGGCCUUACAUCAUGUGCCACCUAAGUCAUAGCAUUGGCUGGCAUGAACAAUUCACUUUUGUGUGGGUGGGAGGUGGGUGUAUGAUGGAGUGUUAUUCUAUGUAUGUUGUGUCAAUUGAUUUUAUGUAUUUAUGUGGAAGCAGCAGCACUCUUUAAUUGUCCAAGUCAAAUUUCCUUUCGGGGACAAUAAAGUAUAUCAUAUUGUAUAUACACUGAGUAUACUAAACAUUAAGAACACCUGCUCUUUCUAUGUCAUAGACUGACCAGGUGAAAGCUAUUAUCCCUUAUUGAUGUCACUUUUUAAAUUCACUUCAAUCAGUGUAGAUGAAGGGGAGGAGACAGGUUAAAGAAGGAUUGUUAAGCCUUGAGAAAAUUGGGACAUGGAUUGUGUAUGUGUGCCAUUCAGAGGGUGAAUAGGAAAGACAAAAAAUGUAAGUGCCUUUGAAUGGGGUAUGGUAGUAGGUGCCAGGCAUAGCAGUUUGUGUCAAAAACUGCAAUGCUGCUGGGUUUUUCACUCUCAACAGUUUCCUGUGUGUAUCAAGAAUAGUCCACCACCCAAAGGACAUCCAGCCAACUUGACACAACUGUGGGAAGCAUUGGUGUCAACAAGGGCCAGCAUCCCUGUGGAACGCUUUCGACACCUUGUAGAGUCCAUGCCCCGACGAAUUGAGGCUGAUUUGAGGGCAAAAGGGGGGGGUGCAACUCAAUAUUAGGAAUGUGUUUCUAAUGUUUGGUAUACUCAGUGUAGAUCUUGUCAGUGUGAUAUUUCAUAGACUCUACAACACCCACAACAUAGAUGUUUCUAAUACCUGCUGACCCAUUACUAUGGAAGCUCCAAUGUGACCUGCUGUGCUGAUGAGGAGCCCUAUGUUCUGUGUGUUUGUGUUGACCUCCAGGCCUCUGAUGGCAGUAGCUCCAGGGACGACCUCUCCUCCCAGAUCCUCAGAAGGAAUGAUCAGAUUCGCAAGCUAGAGGCCAAACUAUCAGGUAAGACAUGUCUGUAUGGAGCCAGUUUAAUCAGAGUAGGAUGAGGUGGGUGCACCUAGGCCUAGACACUGAUCUAAGAUUAGUUUUGCGUUUCCCCAUUCAAUAGUUAAGGUUAGGUUUGGCAGUGGGUAAGCUGAUUCUAGAUCUCAGGUUCACUCAGGUCAAAGGUCACAUAACCAACGGGUGAUGUCUGGUUUCAGACCUCAAGGUUUUUGUUCUCAACACUGACCCUCAUAAGGUAUGAUUGGGGUAACUUUUACAAAGUUUCUUUAUUCUUUACCACAUACCCAUCUGGUGAACGUUAAGAGCAAAUGCCAUGGCUUUUAGUCUACCUUUGUGGGUUCUGUGUGUCUUCUCUCCCAGAUUAGUGUGAUAGCUACUCCUCCCUCAGACGUGGUGUGUGUGACCCAUUAGAAGAGGUUAAAAGUCUCACAUCCUCAUGUAGCCUCUUAACCAGGAUGGUUUUCUCAUCUAAGAAAAUCAUUUUUUUCUUUCCUUUUGUAUGCCUCUCUUCAUUUAUUUUAUUCCUCCUCCCCUGUCCCUUUUACCCUCAUCCACCUAUCCCCCUUUCCUGGGUGUGUGUGUACUUGUGUGUUUCUGUGAUGUUGGUAUCCCAUCACCCCACCUCCUGCCAAUAGACUACGCUGAGCAGCUCCGACUUAUGCAGAAGACCAAGGACAAGCUUGAAAUUGCAUUAGAAAAACAUCAGGAUUGUACGUACCUUUAUUCUCCUCCCAUUUUGCUUCCUUUCUGUCUCGUUUGUUUGUCUGCUGGCUGGGGUAAUGGUCACCCUAAGCACAAUCAGUCGCUCACGGUGGGGUUGAGAAUCAUGCUGUCACUUCUAUAGAUUUCCAUAUCAUUUUUGUUGAUGAAACCAAGGACUUACAUGCUUGUUCACAUAGAAUUGUUUAGAAAUGUUUGUGGCCCCCAAGUAGCGUUGCAGUUCUUGACACAAACCGGUGGGCCUGGCACCUACUACCAUACCCUGUUCAAAGGCACUUAAAUAUUUUGUCUCUUCCAUCCAGCCUCUGAAAUGCACACAUACACAAUCCAUGUCUCAAUUGUCUCAAGCCUAAAAAAUCCAUCUUUAACCUGUUUCCUCCCCUUCAUCUACACUAAUUUAAGUGGAUUUAACAAGUGACAUCAAUAAGGGAUCAUAGCUUUCACCUGGUCAGUCUGAAAAUAGCAAGUGUUCUUAAUGUUUUGUAUACUCAGUGUAAGUCCAUAUGGGAUGUCUGUGUUGGCCAUGCUUAGACGCACUGCUUGCCUUUGCUUCUGGGGAACACUUAGCUUGGCUUACUGGACACAUUCUAUGGUCAAUUGUAUCACCCUUUCACUGCUAGCAGCUACUAACCACUGACAAUUCCACAACCAGCUGUUUGAACCAAGCCAUCUUUGGCUAGCCUGUUGUGUUCAUCCUCUUUCUUUCUUUCUUUCUUUCUUUUUUUAUUUGUCUUUCUUUCUUUUUUUUUCUUUUUCUUUCUUUCUUUCUUUCACUCACUACCCAGCCUCCAUGAGGAAACUGCAGGACCAGAAUGAGACUCACCUCGCCAAUAGAGCCAAAAUGGCCGAAGGUAUGGCUUUGGCCCUGGACAAGAAGGAUCAGGUGAGCAUCAUAUCCUUUGCACCACAAGGCAUAUGUUUGUGUGUGUUUAUAGUUAGAUUAAUUCCAGUUUUUGUCUGUAGGAAUGGAUAGAAAGGAUGUCUACGCUGGAGCAGGUAUGCUAACGUCUAAACUGCAUUCUAACAUGGAACAAAAAUUCUAGGUUCUCAUUCAGCCAGCCAGUCAGUCUUUGUCUGUGUAGACAAGAGAUCUAACUGGGGUCAUCUUGUCUGUUCCUCAGGAGAAAGAGUCUCUGUCUGUGAGGCUAGAUGAUAUGAUGGAGCAGAGCCUUACUCUGUUCCAGAAGAGGGAUGACCUGGACGAGCUGGAGGGCUUCCAGCAGCAGGAGCUCGCCAAAGUCAAACACAUGGUAUGCAAUACGGACAACAAGAUCCCACUGUCUUAACUCUAACCCACCACAUUGCAUGUAUGAGGAAAGUCAAACAUACACUUGUCAGUUUGUGCUUUAUCUGUCUGUCUAUUCUGAUCCAAGCUGUAGCUGUGUCAGUAAUGAUCCAUCUUGGUUAAACACCACUUUGGUGGGAUCAAACGUUUUCCUAUUACCCUAGACAAUAAUUGUAGUUAAACAUUUGUUAUAGUGAAGUCCUUUUUGUGGUUGGUUCUGUUUUGUUAUGGUAGUUACUGAGGAAGGAGGAGCAGCUGGGCCAGCGGGAGCGAGUGCUCCAGCAGAAGGAGGCUGAGCUGCAGAUGGCCAAGAAGGGUCUGGCCGAAGCCCAGGAGAAGCUGCGGGCUCUGGGAGAGGUGCAUCAGGAAAGUUGCAGGCUCAAUACGGAGCUGGAGAUCGAAAGGUAAGGACAGGACACAGAGAUUGCCUUGAUAAUGCCAUGAAUUCAGUAGUUGGACAGAUGCUUGUCUUGAUGACUGAAAGUAAUGACCUUACUCAUUGUAGAGCUUGCUCCCCUCAGAGUUAGUAUGCCAAUUCUCUUGAUGAAUUCUGCCUGUUUUCUUCUGGGUUGUCUGAGGUUUUGGUGUUUGUCUAACAGUACAGGGUGUGUGUGGUCUCCUUUUAGAGAGGAGCUGCUGGAGGUCAGGGAGGAGGCUGAGAAGAAGAUUACUGAGCUGGAGGGCAGAGGCCAGAACCUGCAGAAGGUCAUCCAACAGGUAUCUGAGGACUUCCAGAAGGUGAGCCCUCUAACCCAGAGAUAAAUCCUUUACCAAAAUCAUUUCACUGUAUUGAAAUGGUACGGAUCUGUAAUGACAGCAAGCUAAAUGUGAUAAUAUUUAAUAAAACAUUUCAGAUUGUAGUGAUCUAAUUGUGUAUGUUCUCAGUCGCGGAGCGCGGCAGCAGCUGUAGAGAAGUCUCUCCAUACGUUACAAACGGAACACAAUGCCCUGAAGCUGCAGCAACACAAAGUAAGACCAGAACACCAUGCAACUCCCUAUAUCUACCCCCUAUUCCUCCUCCUCACCCUGCCCUGUGGAGGGAGGUACAGUAUGCUGUGUAUUGACCCAAUCCUCUCUCUCCUUGCUGUGGUCCCCAGGCUACAGUGACUGAUGAGGACAAGGAGCGUGUGCUGUUGGACCUGCAGGAGAAGAUCUCCUCUCUGGAGAGACGUCUGCAUGGCAACCUGAGUGAAGACGAGCUCCUCCAGGAGCUGCUCAAAGAGGUAACUACAACAGCUAAUCCUAAAGACAGAGGGACUCCUGUGGAAUUAGUUUAAAGAAAAUACCAUAGAGAAUGGUGAUGCAUUUCUUAGCUCCUUUUUCCUGUGUGUUGUUGUGUAGAAGUCGACUCUGGAGCAGAGGCUGGAGGACACGAGAGUUGAGCUGCUGGAGGCACGCACCAACCAUGCAGACACGGUUAGCUCUCUGGAGACUCAGGUAAACAGCCCUCUCUCUACCUCUUCAUCAGCAUGAUAUACUUCUUCACAUGCUACUGGGUUAGAUGGUCCAUUAGUUAACAGUAAUAUGUGAAAAACUGUAUGAACUCGUCUGGUAAGCCUCUGGUAAGCAUACUAUAUCUCUACUCCCCCAGAUAUCCAGACUCAACAACAAUGUGACUGAACUACAGACCCUGCUACGACACAAAGACGACUCUUCCAAGAACUACAGAGAGAGAACGGACGCGCAGGUAAGAGAACAGACACACUGGUGGGAGAGAACAAUGUAAGCAUUUAAGACCUGUGCUCUCUCUACCUUCAGUCUCUCACACACAGCCCCAUGUCUCGGUCUCAGAUUGCAGGUCUGGAACAGCAGGUGCAGGAGAGCAACGAGAGGCUCAAGAACACUGAGCAGCAGAUCACUGACAAACAAGCACGUCUGGACAAACUGGUAAAUAAAUGUCAGAUUACGGUGGAAGAUGCUCUACCACCACUGUUCAUAAAUAACGUUGAACCUGAGGCUGGAGCAAAUGCAGUUGAAGUUUUUUUCUUUUUCUUUAGGCUGAUAAGACUUUUUCAUGUCUCCUAUGGCAGAGACAGUUAAUAUGAGUAUGUGUGAUGCUGAGACUGCCCUUUCCCCUGUGACCCCAGCAGGCAGAGUGGAGUGUGGAGAGGGACAGUCUGCAGCAGCAGGUGUCUGCAGAGCGGCAGCAGGGCCAGGAGAGGGCAGACCGGCUGGAGGAGCAGCUCUCUGCACUGCAGACAGAGAGAGACACAGAACACACCUCUGCCCAAGCCAGGAUUGUGAGUUACAGUUCUCUGCUCUCACUUGCUCUGUACAUUUUAAUUCACAAAACUGUUCUUAGUGACAUGUGCUGCAUAGUUUUAUAACCCGAAUGUUAAGGUAAAUUGUCACUUUGGUAUUUGAUAGAGUUUCGAUGCAGACUCUGAUCAGCUUAUCCAUUGGUCUCUGUGGAUUGUUAAUUGUCCAUUAUCGGUUGCCAUGUAAUUUGAUCUCUGCAACAGGGCAUGAAACUGGACUCUCAAACAAGGCCAUCAAAUAUUUAUCUGUUGAUAUUGGACUAAUUUCUGCUUUUCUUUCCUAACAUCCCUUUCUUCUCGCUUCUCUCUACUCACCCACUCUCCGAACCUCCUCCCUGCCUCUCCAACACCUCUCUCUCUGUCUCUCUCUCCCUCACCCACCUCCUCUCGCCCGCCCCACCCACCGCUGCAGGGAGAGAGCUGCAACUCCAAACCACCUCUCUGGCUCCCCCAACCAUCCAUCUCUCCCUCACCCAUCUCUCUCGCGCGGACCCUCCAGAUCCUCGAGUCCCCCACCACAUUCAACUCUCUCCUCUCGUCCCAGCUCUCCCGCACAUCGGCGGCCUCAAACCCACCUCCUCGGACGACCCGAACCUCGUCGGCCUAACACCACCCCCAGCCACCUCUCCGCUCUCUCCCCACACCACUCUCUCUCUGCACAUCUCUCCUCCCCCAACCCACCGCCUCUCUCUCACCACCGUCUCUCAACCCCACCUCCUCGGGCUCUCUAUACACCACUUCUCAGUUUCGCCCCAACCCCAUCUCUCUGAUCCCUCCUCAACAAAACCAUUCUGAGUCACCACCUCACUACCUCCUUACCCCCCGCCCCUCUCCCUCCCACACUCCCCGACACGCGCUCAUCUCUCCACGCCGUCUCCCACCACCCCUCUGUGUCUCCUCGCCCUCACCCACCUCUCGCUCGGUCUCUCCUCUCAACCCCACCGGCCUCUCGCUCCCGCUAACCACGCCGCGCGGCGCACCCACCGCCUCUGGUCUCGUCGCGCUCCACCCACCUCUCUCGCCGCACCGCCUCACACCCACCUCUCUCUCGUCUCGCGCAACCCCCAUCGUUCGCGCAUCACCCCCACCCCACUACCACCGCGCCUCGCCGCGGACGCAAACCAUCCGUCCUCUCUUGCACCCACCACCCCGUCUCGCUCUCCUCACCACUUCUCUCUCUCAUCCCACCCACUCUCUAUCUCUCUCUCUCCCUCAUCCCCCCUCCUCUCUCUAUCUAUCUUCUCUCUCCCUCACCCACCCUCCUCUGCUCUUCUCCCCACCAUUCUCUCCUCCUCACCCACCCUCUCCUCUCUCUCAUUCCCCCCAUUUUCUCUCUCUCACCCACCUUACUCUCUGUCUCUCUUCUCUCUCUCAUCAUCCCAUCUCUCUCCUCCUCUCUGCCCUCUCCUCUCUCCCCUACCCACCUCUCCCUCCUUUCCCCUUUCCUCUCCCCACUCCCCUCUCUCACCCCCUCUCUCCUCUCUCUUCUUUGCUCUCUAUCUCCUCCCUCACCACCUCUCUUCCUCUGUCUCCUGCUCCUCACCCACCUCUCUCUCCCCCUCUCGCACCCUCCCACACCCACGUGCUCUCUCACCCUGUCCUCUCUCUCAAACACCCUCAUCUCCCCAUCUCUAUUUCUCCUCUCUCUCCCCACACACCCUCUCUUUCUCUGUCUCUUCUCUCUCUCCCUCACCCACCUCUCUCUCUCGCUACCCCACCCACCUCUCUCUCUCUGUCUCUCUCGCUACCUCACCCACCUCUCCCCCACCCAUCGCUGUGUUGUAUUUCCCAGAGUGAGUUGGAGGAAGAGAGAGCAUCUCUGCUGAGGGGGAGGGAUGAAGCUGACGUGGCUCUGAGGAGUCGGGCAGAGGAGCUGGAGGAGGCCAGGGUCAGACACACUUCCUGCUUAAUAUUAGGCAGUCAGUUGAAAGCAGGAAGUCACAGAUUUCCUGAUAAACAAGAUAUAUUCUUUCAAUGAAAUUGCAUUCUUGAGUCACUCCAGAUGUUUUGCAUGCUGUGCCACACCAUUUUUAUGACAAUAGCUACUACAUUAAAACUCCCAAAAAAUGGUCCUGUUGCCCAUCCAAACUGGGUAAUGGUGUCCCUAUAUGUGUCCCCAGUCGGAGCUGAGUAGCAGGCAGACAGUGAGUGUGGAGAUAGCCAUGGCUCUGGAGGACACCAGGAGACAGAAGGUGGAGCUCCAACUACAGGUCUGGAGACACAUCAUACAUACUUACUAUCACAUCUUACAUUUUUACUGUACUCUUUGAAAUAACAAACAACAUUCUUUACACUGUGUUGGAACAAGGUUUUAAAAAAUUGCAUAUGCAAUUGCAUCUGCCUUAAUCAUACUCAGGCUGUAUGGGAGUGAUCUGUUACAAGGCCAUGAAUUCGGCUUGUGUUGAUUAUGUGCUCAUAAAUAGAUGAUAAUGUUACUGUCUCCUUUUCCAGGUAGGAGAGAUGACAGCGUCACUUCAAACAACAUCGCAAGAACUGGCCCACGUCACUGAGCAGCUGAAGCAUAAAGAAGAGGAACUCCAAACACUUAGCAAUGGUAAACACAUUCUCUGUCCACAGGAGCACUUUUCCUCUGUCUCCCAUGCUAUGUGAAUUCAGAAGUUGUAGUGUUUGUCUGAUGUUCCCUUCCAUGGUGUUUGUGUUGCAGAGCUGCAGAGUGCCCAGAGCUCCCUGUCCCAGCUGCAGGAGGAGGCGGAGAGGCUGCAGGAGGCAGCCCAGGAGAGGGAGGAGGAGAAGGACAGCCAGCUGGUCAGCCUGAGGCAGGAGCUCCUAACUCAGAACGAGCAGUUGGACUCUUGCCAGUCACGGGUCAGAACACACACAGGGAGCACAGCCAUUAAGCUUUUAACUCACAUACUGUACAUAAGUCAAAAGUCUGUCAUUACAUAUCAAGUUAGGUCUGCAUGUCUGUUGUUGAUUGGACUUUGUCUGUGUUGUCUGACUGUGCUUCUGUCUGUGUCCCUCCCAGGUAUCGGAGCUGGAGGUAGAGGUGGAGACCCUGACGUUGCAGCAGCAGACUCCAGAGCUGUGUGAACUGGACCAGAAUGGGACCGUGACUGUGGACGACCUGGACCACAUGCAGAAGGCCAACCGAGACCUGGAGCAGCAGCUCAGUGACAAGAACAAGGUCAGUACUGGACGAACCAGAAACCAUGAUCACCACACAGGCAUGGUCAGAUAAUCACUGCUUGUCUGAAAUAACUGGAGCAGGACCAUUUCAUUAUUCCUGUGAGUUUUGUGUGCUGUUAUUGAUUGGAUGCCUGUUGCUUUACAGACCAUUAAGCAGCUGCAGCAGAGGCUAGCAGAGCUAAAGAGGACCUUGCAGAAGGAGCUGGUGAGACAUUUAGAUACCUUAGUAUGGGUAUUGUAUUGUAUUUAAAUCUAAUAUUUUUUUCAGUUCAUUAAAUAUUGUCCAUGUGCUGAGUUCUGUUUGUGUCUGUGUUUCUGGUGCAGAAGCUGAAACCUGAAACAGAGUCAGAUGGGAAAGAGAGGGCCCAGGAAGGGAGAGGAGAGAGGCAAGAGAGGCCAGACAGAACCUUUACAGAGCCCACUCCAGGCCCGGCCCCAGGCCCAAACACUACUGUCACCAACACCUCUGAUCUCAAUGACUCACGAGAGAUCAACUUUGAGUACCUCAAACACGUGGUGCUAAAAUUCAUGUCAUCCAGAGAGGCUGAGGUGAGAGCAGUCCACCUGGUCCUUGUAAUAGCUAGGCCAUAUACACAGCUAGGCCAUAUACACUGAGUGUACAAAACAUUAAGAACACCUGCUUUUUCCAUGACAGACUGACCAGGUGAAUCCAGGUGAAAGCUAUGAUCCCUUAUUGAUGUCACUUGUUAAAUCCACUUCAAUCAGCGUAGAUGAAGGGGAGGAGACAGGUUAAAGGAUUGUAAAGGCUUGAGACAAUUGAGACAUGGAUUGUGUAUGUGUGCCAUUCAGAGGGUGAAUGAGCAAGACAAAAGAUUUAAGUGCCUUUGAACGGGGUAUUGUAGUAGGUGCCAGGUGUACCAGUUUGAGUCAAGAACUGCAACGCUGCUGGGUUUUUCACGCUCAACAGUUUCCUGUGUGUAUCAAAAAUGGUCCACCACCCAAAGGACAUCCAGCCAACUUGACACAACUGUGGGAAGCAUUGGAGUCAACAUGGGCCAGCAUCCCUGUGGAACGCUUUCAACACCUUGUAGAGUCCAUGCCCUGAUGAAUUGAGGCUUUUCUGAGGGCAAAAGGGGGUACAACUCAAUAUUAGGAUGGUGCUCCUAAUGUUUAUUAGGUACACCACCCCGUUCACGAAAAUGGAUCGCUCCUACAGACAGUGAGUCACGUUGCCGUGGCUUGCUAUAUAAAGCAGGCAGACAGGCAUCGAGGCAUUCAGUUACUGUUCGAUUGAACAUUAGAAUGGGCAAAAUUAGUGACCUAAGCGACUUUGAGAGUGGUAUGAUCGUCGGUGCCAGGCGCGCCGGAUCCAGCAUCUCAGAAACGGCCGCCCUCCUAGGCUUUUCACACACUACAGUGUCUAGGGUUUAUCGGGAAUGGUGCAGCAGUCCUGUGGGCGAAAACAGAUCGUUAAUGAGAAUGGCAAGAAUCAUGCACGCAAACAGGCGGGCCACAAACAGACAAAUAACACGGCAUCUUGGAAUGCACAACUCAUCGAUCCUUGUCACGGAUGGGCUAUUGCAGCAGACAACCACACCGGGUUCCACUCCGAUCAGCUAAAAACAAGAAGAAGCGUGUGGGCACGCGAUCACCAACACUGGACAACUGAGGAGUGGAAAAACCUCACCUGGAACAUGACAGCGAGUUCAGUUUACUUGAGUGGCCUGCGCAGUCCCCAGACCUUAACCUAAUAGAGCAUCUUUGGGAUGAGAUGGAACAGGCAGUUCGCAGCAUGAAUAUACUGCCAAGCAUGGACCAUCAUCCCUGUGGAAUGUUUCCAACACCUUGUAGAAUUUACCGAAGAAUUCAGGCUGUUCUGGAGGCAAAGAGGGGUCCGACCUGGUACUAGAUGGGUGUACCUAAUAAACUGACCGGUGAGUGUAUCUGAUGUCUAUGGUCAUGGCUGAAGUCUAAAUCUCUCUCUCGCUCUGUGUCCCCCUCUCUGUAUCUUAGGCCUAUCAGCUGAUCAAAGCGGUGUCUGUGUUGCUGAACUUCACUGGUGAGGAAGAGGACAUGUUGAAGCAGACUCUGGAGUACAAGGUGGCUUUCUCCUUUCACACCUUGUUUCCCUGAAACUCGUGUCAAAUGAAUGGGUGUUAUGGCCUGUAUACCACAGCCAGUGUGUAUCAAAUUAAAUAGACCAUGACACUAUUUUGUCCUCAAUUUCUUAAAUGUACUAGCUAUCUGUUGUUUAUUUUAGAAUGACUUAAGCUGCAUCUGGAGGGAAAUUGUUAUUUUAUAGAGGAUACUAUAACAUUCAAACCCAUGUUUUGCUACCUAUAGACCCUUCACCAGUUGUAAUACUAGUUUUAAUAGUCCAGUGAUAUUUAAUAUAAUCAUAACUAUCGCUGUGUUUUUCAGAUGUCCUGGUUUGGAUCCAAGCCUUCUCCAAAGGGUAUUGUUCGGCCAUCAGUUUCAGGGGCACCUACUCACUGGAGCUGAGGGGACAGAGAGAGGAAGAGAUGUGGAGAGGACAGAGACACACACACAUGACUUUUAUCAUGUUCUUGCAUGACUUCUCCCAUCACUGUGGCAACCAAAUGAACAUUGUAAAGAGGACACAACCCAAGCUUUAAAAUGGUUUCUGACAUGACACAGAUUCCCAUGUAGCUCUUCAAGAGAACAGAGAAAGGCUCCACAAUGACUUAGAGGGGCAAAGUCUUGUUUUAUGGUCUGUUCAUUUUCUGGAUGGGUGAUUUUAUUUACAAGUAAAAUGGUUAAAGCAGACAAGGUGAACACUUAUCAAAUGGGUCAACACCAUAAGAGAAACCCUCCUCCCUCCCUUUGGAAUGAGGUUAACAUUAGAUCUAACUCUGUGAUGGACUCAGUAGAAGUACACUACAUGACCAAAAGUA